AUGGAUGCAGCCACAAUCGAGGAGACAAAUCGUCUCCGGGUGGCCAUGGGCAUGAAGCCCCUGCCCGUUCCGGGCGGUGCCUCUACCGAAAAGGGCCCCGCCGAAGACGAGGAUCCAUCUGCCACGUUUGAGGGUCGAAUGGCGCAAGCAGAAGACAACUACAAGAAGAUCCGUGACGCCGAGGCUGCCAAAAAGAGACGCGAUGAAAAGGCUGCCGCUAUCAAAAAGGCACGAGAAGAUGCGCAACGCUUCGCGGUUCUCGAAGGCAAGGGCCUGGGAGACUUGGACGACGGGGCCGAUCUCGAUGCGCAGUCUUGGCUGAAGAGCCAGAAGAAACGACAGAGGAAGAUUGAGCAGGCACGAAAGCUUGAGGAGGAACAGGCAGCAGCGGAAGUUGCCGCUGCCAAACAAUACUCGUCCAAAGAUCUCGCCGGCGUCAGUGUCGGGCAUGACCUGUCUACCUUUCUGGAUGGAGACGAUCAGAUUCUCACACUCAAAGACAGCACCGUCUUGGACAACGAAGACGAGGGCGAUGAGCUGGAGAACAUAGACCUGCGAGAGCGAGAGAAGCUCAAUGAGAACCUCAAGCUCAAGAAGAAGAAGCCUGUCUACGACCCAAACGACAUCGACGAAACAGGCGAGCGGAGCAUCCUAGCACAGUACGACGAAGAGAUCAGUGGCAAGAAGAGGAAGAAGUUCACCCUCGAUGCUGCGGGUACCUCAUCUGAUAUCGCCGACAUACUAGGCGCGCCUAUCGAAGAGAAGAAAUUGCAAAGCCUUGAUCUUGAUAUCGCGGAGGACAGGCCUCAAUCAGACUAUCUGGACAUCUCAGAAGUCAAAGUCAAGAAGCCCAAGAAGAAGAAAUCCAAGUCCACGCGGCAGAGAGCAGCAGACGAUGACGACAUACUGUUCCCCGGGGACGAUCAUGCCAUGGACAUCGACAUGACUGUCGGCGGCUCCUCCAAGAAGCGCAAGAUAGUUGACGACUUGUUCGUCGAUGACGAAGACCUCCAGUCUACGCUGGCCAUGCAAAGGAGAGAUGCAUUGAAAAAGAGGAAGCGUGUGCGUCCGGAAGAUAUCGCUAGGUCCUUGAGGGAAGAAGCUCAGAGUGCGGAACCUGAAUCGGUCGGCAACGACGGCAAAGGACUCGUGCUUGACGAAAUCAGCGGUUUCGUUGGCGCACUGAGCAGACCCGGGGAAGAGGAGGAGGAGGAGGAGCGGAGAGCACGUGCAAAGCGGUCAAGACAAGAACAUUCCAUCACGAAGAUGGAGGAUUCUGACGACGACACCGGCAUGGACAAUGUGGAGGAUCUGCAGAAAACAGCGCGGAGUAUAGAAGAGUCGGAGCAGCCGGAGCUCACGACCACUGGCGUUGAGGAAGAGAAGACGAUCAGCCAAGGCCUGGGCGCCACUUUGUCAAUAUUGAGAGACAGAGGCCUCGUCAAGGAGACUGCCGGGUCAGAUCUAAACGAGAAUUUCCGUCGUCACGAGCUCUUUGUCGCAGAACGGAAUCGUCGCUUGGCACAGAUCGACGAGGAUGCGAAGCGGCAGCGAGAGCGUGACCGCGCCAGCGGCCUAUGGGAUCGCAUGUCGCAGCGCGAACGGGAAGAGUACUCUCGCAAACAGAAUGCGCAACGCGAGUACCAGGCAUCCAAGGUGCUCCAGGACAUGUUCAACCAGGACUACAGGCCCAACUUCAACAUCAAGUAUGUUGAUGACCACGGUCGCCAGUUGGACCAGAAAGAAGCGUUCAAGCACAUGAGUCACCAGUUCCACGGUAAAGGCAGCGGCAAAGGGAAGACGGAUAAGAUGCUCAAGAAGAUCGAGGAGGAGAAGAAGCGCGAGGCGCAGAGCAUACUUGAUGCUGGGCAGAAUGUCAACAUGGGUUCAGCGGCAGCCCAACAGCUCAAGAAGCGCCGAGAGGCGGGCGUUCGGCUUGCAUGA